UUGUUGCCCUCGAUUCAAUCAAAUAUGUCUGGAAUUUUAUUUGAAAAUGAUCAAAAUCAAACAAACUCACAAUCAAUAUCUGGAUGUGGUGCUCCUAUUAUGAAAUUCAUUAGUUGGGUGCUCCUUUGGACAGCUCAUCUAAGAAUGAAUUUAUCACCGAUUGAUCACGAGUCACGUACCAACUCCUACCGCGCCGAAGAUGAACCCAGAACUUCCGAGGCGACGCCGCUCCUGCAGCGUUUUCCAAGAAGACCAGUACAAGAAGAACAAAGAUACCAGACCACCGUGCUCGUCACUUUACUCUUUCUAGUUCUCUUCGCGGGAAAUUGUAAUGGGCAUCUAUUAGUUGGUUAUCCAAAACAGAUCAGAGAACGUUCUACUGCCAGUCGAGCCGCCGGUGCUUAUGAGAUGAUAGUCGUCGAGACAGGCACGAGGCAGUAUUACGGCACAUCAGACUGCGCUAAGCUGCUGAAUGCGAUACAGGUGAGAAACACAUCGGGUAUGCCGUAUAACUUCAUGAUAUCGUCAGAUGGGGAGACGUUCGAAGCUCUCGGUUGGAGAAGACGGUCGCCUCUGUUUCCUCAAUACUCUGCGGAUGCCUUACUGUUAGCUUUUAUAG